AUGACUCAAAGGGAGGGAGAGGCCCAGAAGGAAGAAAUUAGGGUUAAGACUGAAGUGGAACUGUUUAAGAACAGGAAAGAAGCUGAGUUGGCCGAGUACAAGGCUGAGCUAGCCACGAAAAAUGCUGGGUGGUCUCAGGCUUCUCAGCUUGCAGAGGUGGAAUCCACCAAGGCAGUGACCUUAAGGGAGGCUGAGUUGCAAACUGAGGUGGAGAAGAAGAAAGUAUUAACUCAGACUGAGAAACUCAGGGCCGAAUUACUAAGCAAGGCAGCUGUGGAGUAUGAGACUAAGGUGCAAGAGGCAAAUUGGGAGCUGUACAAGAAACAAAAAGCAGCAGAAGCAACCCUCUAUGAGAAGCAGAAAGCUGCUGAGGCAGAGAAGGCAAGUGCAGAUGCAAAGUUCUAUGCAUGCCAACAAGCUUCGAAUAGUGCGCUGUAUGCAAAGAAGAAAGAGGCUGAAGGAAUUACUGCACUCGCACAAGCUGAAGGCUUUUACUUGAACACCCUAUUGAAACAACUUGGAGGAAAUUACACUGCACUAAGGGACUACAUGAUGAUCAACAAGGAUAUGUACCAAGAAAUUGCCAGAAAUAAUGCACAGGCAGUGAAUGGAUUGCAGCCCAAGAUUACUGUUUGGUCUAAUGGAAAAGGUGGUGAAGAUGGUUCAAAUGGGCCUCUUGUGAUAGGUCGGAAAUUUUCCCUCUUUACAGGGCCAAUGAAGGAUGUUGCUGGGGUAUAUAGCAUGUUGCCACCAUUGCUAAAGACUGUGCAUGAGCAGACUGGGAUGCUACCACCUACUUGGCUUGACACAUUGAGUGAUGUCACUCCUUAA